GGCCCGGCCCCGGAUUAGUUGGUUUCGGAGCGGAGGAGGGAGCCCUAGCCGUCGCGAGCGUCGGGGAGACAAAGCCGCGUCAGGGGGUCCGGCCGGGGGAUUGGGCCCGGGGCUUGGUGGCGCCUCAGCCGCGCGGAGGGCCCUGCGGAGCCGCGCGCCGCCGCCUCGCAACAGGUCCGGGCGGCCUCGCUCUCCGCUCCCCUCCCCCGCACCCGCGACCCCCGGGGCGCCUCCGCUGGGCCGGGGCCGCAGUCUGGCCACCCGCUUCCAUGCGGUUCGGGUCCAAAAUGAUGCCGAUGUUUCUUACUGUGUAUCUCAGUAACAAUGAGCAGCACUUCACAGAAGUUCCAGUUACUCCAGAAACAGUCUGCAGAGACGUGGUGGAUCUGUGCAAAGAACCUGGCGAGAGUGAUUGCCAUUUGGCUGAAGUGUGGUGUGGCUCUGAACGUCCAGUUGCGGAUAAUGAGCGAAUGUUUGAUGUUCUUCAACGAUUUGGAAGUCAGAGGAAUGAAGUUCGCUUCUUCCUUCGUCAUGAACGCCCCCCUGGCAGGGACAUUGUCAGUGGACCAAGAUCUCAGGAUCCAAGUUUAAAAAGAAAUGGUGUGAAAGUUCCUGGUGAAUAUCGAAGAAAGGAGAAUGGUGUUAAUAGUCCUAGGAUGGAUCUGACUCUUGCUGAACUUCAGGAAAUGGCAUCUCGCCAGCAGCAACAGAUUGAAGCCCAGCAACAAUUGCUGGCAACUAAGGAACAGCGCUUAAAGUUUUUGAAACAACAAGAUCAGCGACAACAGCAACAAGCUGCUGAACAGGAGAAGCUUAAAAGGCUAAAAGAAAUAGCUGAGAAUCAGGAAGCUAAGCUAAAAAAAGUGAGAGCACUUAAAGGCCACGUGGAACAGAAGAGACUAAGCAAUGGGAAACUUGUGGAGGAAAUUGAACAGAUGAAUAGUUUGUUCCAGCAAAAACAGAGGGAGCUCGUCCUGGCUGUGUCAAAAGUAGAAGAACUAACCAGGCAGCUAGAGAUGCUCAAGAACGGCAGGAUCGACGGCCACCAUGACAGUCAGUCUGCGGUGGCUGAGCUUGAUCGCCUCUAUAAGGAGCUGCAGCUAAGAAACAAACUGAAUCAAGAGCAGAAUGCCAAGCUACAACAACAGAGGGAGUGUUUGAAUAAGCGUAAUUCAGAAGUGGCAGUCAUGGAUAAGCGUGUUAAUGAGUUAAGGGACCGGCUGUGGAAGAAGAAGGCAGCUCUACAGCAAAAAGAAAAUCUACCAGUUUCGUCUGAUGGAAGUCUGCCCCAGCAAGUCGUGUCAGCCCCAAGCCGUGUGGCUGCAGUAGGCCCCUAUAUCCAGUCGUCUACUAUGCCUCGGAUGCCCUCAAGGCCUGAAUUGCUGGUGAAGCCAGCCCUGCCGGAUGGUUCCUUGGUCAUGCAGGCUUCAGAGGGACCGAUGAAAAUACAGACACUGCCCAACAUGAGAUCUGGGGCUGCUUCACAAACUAAAGGCUCUAAAAUCCAUCCAGUUGGCUCUGAUUGGAGUCCUUCAAAUGCAGAUCUUUUCCUGAGCCAAGGCUCUGCUUCUGCACCUCAAAGCUCUGGGAAUGCUCUGGAUCAAGUUGAUGAUGGAGAGAUUCCCCUGAGGGAGAAAGAGAAGAAAGUGCGUCCGUUCUCAAUGUUUGAUGCAGUAGACCAGUCCGCUGCCCCACCCUCCUUCGGUACUCUGAGGAAGAACCAGAGCAGUGAAGAUAUCUUACGGGAUGCUCAGGCUGCAAAUAAAAAUGUGGCUAAAGUACCACCUCCUGUUCCUACAAAACCAAAACAGAUUAAUUUACCUUAUUUUGGACAAACUAAUCAGCCACCUUCAGACAUUAAACCAGAUGGAAAUUCUCAGCAAUUGUCAACAGUUGUUCCGUCCAUGGGAACUAAACCAAAACCAGCAGGGCAGCAGCCAAGAGUGCUGCUCUCUCCCAGCAUACCUUCAGUUGGUCAAGACCAGACCCUUUCUCCAGGUUCUAAGCAAGAAAGUCCACCAGCUGCUGCUGUCCGGCCCUUUACUCCCCAGCCUUCCAAAGACACCUUACUUCCACCCUUCAGAAAACCCCAGACCGUGGCAGCAAGUUCAAUAUAUUCCAUGUACACGCAGCAGCAGGCUCCAGGAAAAAACUUCCAGCAGGCUGUGCAGAGUGCAUUGACCAAGACUCAUACCAGAGGGCCACACUUUUCAAGUGUAUAUGGUAAGCCUGUAAUUGCUGCUGCCCAGAAUCAACAGCAGCACCCAGAGAACAUUUAUUCCAAUAGCCAGGGCAAGCCUGGCAGUCCAGAACCUGAAACAGAGCCUGUUACUUCAGUUCAGGAGAACCAUGAAAAUGAAAGAAUUCCUCGCCCACUCAGCCCAACCAAAUUACUGCCCUUCUUAUCUAAUCCCUACCGAAACCAGAGUGAUGCAGAUUUAGAAGCCCUACGAAAGAAACUGUCUAAUGCACCAAGGCCACUAAAGAAACGCAGCUCUAUUACAGAGCCAGAGGGUCCUAACGGGCCAAACAUUCAGAAGCUUUUGUAUCAGAGGACCACCAUAGCGGCCAUGGAGACCAUCUCUGUCCCAUCAUACCCAUCCAAGUCAGCUUCUGUGGCUGCCAGCUCAGAAAGCCCAGUAGAAAUCCAGAAUCCAUAUUUACAUGUGGAGCCCGAGAAGGAGGUGGUCUCUCUGGUUCCUGAACCAUUGUCCCCAGAGGAUGUGGGGAGUGCCAGUACAGAGAACAGUGACAUGCCAGCUCCUUCUCAGGGCCUUGAUUGUGUGCCCGAGGGAGUUCCAGACAACAGCCCAAAUCUCCAGAAUAACCCGGAAGAACCAAAUCCAGAGGCUCCCCAUCUGCUUGAUGUGUACCUGGAGGAGUACCCUCCAUACCCACCCCCACCAUACCCAUCCCCGGAGCCUGAAGGGCCGGGAGAAGACUCAGUGAGCAUGCGCCCGCCUGAAAUCACUGGGCAGGUCUCUCUGCCUCCUGGUAAAAGGACAAACUUGCGUAAAACCGGCUCAGAGCGUAUUGCUCAUGGAAUGAGGGUGAAAUUCAACCCCCUUGCUUUACUGCUAGAUUCCUCUUUGGAGGGAGAAUUUGACCUUGUACAGAGAAUUAUUUAUGAGGUUGAUGACCCAAGCCUGCCCAAUGAUGAAGGCAUCACGGCUCUUCACAAUGCUGUGUGUGCAGGUCACACAGAAAUCGUUAAGUUCCUGGUACAGUUUGGUGUAAAUGUAAAUGCUGCUGAUAGUGAUGGAUGGACUCCAUUACAUUGCGCUGCCUCAUGUAACAAUGUCCAAGUGUGUAAGUUUUUGGUGGAGUCGGGAGCCGCUGUGUUUGCCAUGACCUACAGUGACAUGCAGACUGCUGCAGACAAGUGUGAGGAAAUGGAGGAAGGCUACACUCAGUGCUCCCAGUUUCUUUAUGGAGUUCAGGAGAAGAUGGGCAUAAUGAAUAAAGGAGUCAUUUACGCACUGUGGGAUUAUGAACCUCAGAAUGACGAUGAGCUGCCCAUGAAAGAAGGAGACUGCAUGACGAUCAUCCACAGGGAAGACGAAGAUGAAAUCGAAUGGUGGUGGGCGCGCCUUAAUGAUAAGGAGGGAUAUGUUCCACGCAACUUGCUGGGACUAUAUCCAAGAAUUAAACCAAGACAAAGGAGCUUGGCCUGAAACUUCACAUGGAAUUUUAGUCAAUGAAGAAUUAAUCUCUUAUUAAGAAGAAGUAAUACGAUUAUUUUUGGCAAAAACUUCCCAGGACUUAUUUUAAUGACAAUGUAGCUUGAACAUGAUGAAGAAUGUCUCUAGAAGAAAAUGAAGGAUUGAAGAAUUCACCAUUAGAAGACGUUUAGCACGAUGAAAUAAAGCAUCUACGUCAGCAGGCUGUGUACUGUGUUGGGGCACAGGUGUCCCGUGUAGCACUCAGAGAAAUAAUACAGUGACAAUCCUGUUUUCUACAAGAAUCCUGUCCAGUAAAUAGGACCACUUAUGGGCAGUUGGGAAAUCAGCUCGCUGUCCUGUUUAGUGGGUGUUUUCAACGCCUGCUCCUAAGCCAGUCCUCCUGCCAGAGAGGACCAGUGCCAUCACAUCACUGUUUCUCAUUGUCCCUAGCACCCACAGGCCCUUGCGGGGCUCACGUGAAGGCUCGAAGGCACUGCACACUUGUAUAUUGUCAGUGAAGAACUGUUAGUUGGUUGUCAGUGAACAAUAACUUUAUUAUAUGAGUUCUUAUAGCAUCUUAAGAAUUAUACAUAUAUUUGAAAUAUUGAAACUAAGCUACAGUACCAGUAAUUAGAUUUAGAAUCUUGUUUGUAGGCUGAAUUUUAAUCUGUAUUUAUUGUCUUUUAUAUCUCAGAAAUUAGAAACUUGCUAUAGACUUACCUGUAAUAUUUGUCAAGAUCAUAGCUAAUUUUAAAAACCAUUGUAAUAAACUUUUUGAUGCUAAGCCAUUUACUGGUUUUUGUUUUUGAUGUCCUAAACAGACCUUGUUUAAUAGUCACAAGCCAUUGGGAUAUUUUACUCAGCUGAAAAAGAACAAAUGCUUAAUGUAAGUAUAUUUAUUGUAAUAAGAGUUCUUUACCAGCCAAGUGAUUUCAAUGUAAGUGGUUUUUAAAAUAAAAUACUGUAGCAAUCAUGGUGA